CGCUGUUCCGUUCGCCACUGAAAAUUUCUUGAAAUUCAUACCGGAAUAUUUGGGCGAUGGGAAGUUCCCUUGGUUCGUCAAUCUUCUUCAAACUCCACAGAGACUUGCCUAUUUCUAUAAUCUAUUAAUAUUUAUUUGUUGUAGCAACCCUGGGUUUGUAUUCAAACGACCCGGCUCAUUCCUGUAAAGAAAUCCGGGACCUUGGAGUCUCUAGAAAAAACGGAAAGUACUGGAUCGACCCUGAGAAGAAUGGAAACCCUUUAAAUGUCUACUGUGACAUGACAACUGACGGAGGUGGCUGGCUUCUUGUCUCUGACGUUGUGGUGGGCAACUCUUCCAGACGUUUUAAUUUCCCAGUUGAGACGUCAUACCGAGGAGUAAGCAACUCUCCAAAGGUUCUCUCGAAGACUGCCAUGAAUCAGCUGAGAACACAUUUGUCUUUCACUCAACUGAGAUUCUUCUGCAGAAAACAACGCACGUUCCAUGUGAUCACGACGAAAAAUAGUUCUGGUGAAGCUGUAGUCCAGUAUUUCAGCGGACAGACCGAUACCCAGCCAGCUUCCUGUGGUUCGUACGUGAAAAUGGAUGACGAUGACUCGGUUUUAGCUGGAAUCUGCAGUAAGUGGGGAUAUGAUGGAUCCUUUAACGUUGGCAAAUGGGGCCACAUGAGGGAUCAAACUAGGUUGUACGACCACCCUGUUGUUGCGUUCUAUGGGCGUGUCUUUUGGAUUGCUCCUAAUUCCAACAGAUGGGAAUGCGAUGACAUUUACACAGGGGUGACUUCUGGUAACGUCUGGAAAAUCUUUGUUCGUUGA